AUGCCACGCCGAGCCCACACCAAAUCCCGCUAUGGCUGUGAUAACUGCCGACGGCGGCGAGUAAAAUGCGACGAACAAGGCCCACCCUGCACGAACUGCAUCCUACGACGCCUAGAUAAUUGCAUAUACUCACGAGUUCUCCCAGCCUCGCUUCUGGACAACCCCCGCCGCCCAAGCCAGAGCAGUACCUCGCCGCACUCAGACCUGGUUCUCCCUUUAAAUGGCUUCAGUCCCGAAUCACCGAGCUCUCCGCUCAAGCACCCCAAAGUCGAUGAGUUGGAGCUGAUGCACCAGUUCGCAACGGAUACGUAUCGAAGUCUCUGCGUCAGCGACGAUGAGAUCGGCACGUGGCAGGUUCUCGUCCCGCGACUCGCGCUCAAACAUCGCUACCUGAUGGACGGCAUCCUGGCACUAGCCUCGCUGCACAUCGCCAGCACACUCGAGCCUGCCAAGGCUCUUGUUUACAUAGACACGGGGCUGGAAUACCACAGUCUGAGUCUGGAGCCCUUCCGACGCGCAAUCGACAACCUAGCCCCGGAAAACUGUGACGCGGCCUUCGCGCACUCCGUCAUCACGACCGCGAUCAGUCUCUCACUGCCGCAACUGACGGUGACCCGCGAGAACGCGGCCCGUAUGACGGAUAAUAUGAUCACCGUCUUUGAGUUGCUACAGGGCGUCAAGAAGAUCUUGACGAUCGGACAGUCGUGGAUCAAUCUGAAACUCUUCUCUCAAGGCGCGUUCUGGAAAGACACAAAUGCGACUCUGGAUGCGGAUACGGAUGGCGCGCUGAACCAGCUCGCUACUCUGAAUGAACAAACGAGGGCAAAUGGCGACGAGACUCAAUUUCGCAUUAAUAAGGACGUCAUAUCCCAUCUUCGCCAUUGUUUCACGAAGUUUUCUGCUUCUUCUGACCCUGCGCCGGUGCUUGCUUGGCUGGCAGCUGUCGACAAGGGUUUUGUGGAUAGCCUCCGGCGACGUCAGCCUUUUUCGCUGCUCGUUCUUGCAUAUUGGGGUCUUCUUGUUGCGGAACUUAAUGGACAGCGAUGGUGGGCGCUGGAUUCGGGGCGGGCAUUGGUGUCGGAGUUACUUCAAGCAUUGACUGCGGAGGAUCUGUUAUGGGAAAGCUGUUUGGGGUGGGUGCAGCGGAGGAUAGCGUCAAAAAGUGAUUAA